GGCUUAUGCCAACUGAUUCCUGAACCUUUAUUUCAAACUGAGAGCGCCAUCACUUCUGAACGAACUUUCAAGGCACGGGAAGCCAAAAUACAGCAAGAACAAUAUCAAGGCUUUGCCCAAUUUGAGCUGAUAACCUUCGAACCUACCCAUCUCGCGGCUAAAGGAUUUCUAGAGUGGUGGAUCAAGUUUUAUCAAACUUAUAUGUUCGAUACACUUACAAUUCGACAGAAACUAAUUGAUGCCUUCGAUGUGCAGGUACCAACAAAGAAAGGUAUGUUUACUCAUGCCAAAGAGAUUAAAGCUUUCCAAAAUUAUUUUGAAACUACUUACGACCCCACGCGCUUGGACUCCACUGUGCAUCAAGCAGCUGAGACCUUGAAGGAAAAAUUUAAACAAAAAGUUUCUAAGUUAAAACUUCCUUCAGGGCUGUCACCUGAGGAUAGGUAUAGGUUGGCAUUCGAAAUGCAUCCACCUAAAUUUCCCAGAUUACCUACCUCAGAACUGGCUCUGGCUUGGUUUCCCCCAUAUCCAUGGUGGUUUACUUGCAAAGAGAUGUUCAAAUAUCUUCAAAGGAAACCAAAGCCAUCUGAGACUGUGACAUGGGCUCGAUACUGGCUUCAUGAUUUCCCAAGACACCUUCGAUACGACCUUUCUGCCAUGUCAAUUAAAUCUGAUCAAGGCACAGGUGCGAAUGCUUGGGAAAAUCCCAAAUGUCUUUUAUUUUCCAUAUCUUUAACCUUUGCUUUAAUUGUUUCGAUUUUCAGCUAUCAGGAUAAAGACAGCUGCCUCGAAGUCGAAAGAAGGGAGUGCCUCUCAAGCCUCCAUCGAAACUACUGA